AUGAAGAAGGCAACCAACAAGAGCAAGAGCAAGCCGGCGGCCACGCCCUCGGACUCGUCCGCAACGAUCGCAGCAGCGGCAGCAGCAGCACCGCUGUCAGCAGGGCCGUCAGGGGAAAGCCUGGAGCCUUCCGAUGCUCCCAAGACUGGGAGCGUACCAUCAUCACCAGCAGCGAGUACUGCCCCGGUCUUCUCCAAACGGAAAACGUUCUGGCAGCCCUUCCUCACCGCCACGGCCAACCCCAGCGCCGCCGCCGCCGGCGGUACGCCGGCAGCGCAGAACGUUCCCGAGGGAUCCUCGCCGGGUUUCGAUCCCCCUCCCCUCCCGAACAGGAAGUCCUUCUGGCAGCCCUACUACUCCCCGCCGACUGCCGCUGGGGCACCGCCGGUUGCCGACGACCCCGCACCGCCCGCUGCCGUUGCUGAGCCCGAACCACCGGCGACGGCUGAGACGGAGUCGCCAAAGGAGACGGACUCGCCAAUGAAGGAAGCACCAACAGUGGCGGAGGAGGUCUCAGCACCAACAACCUCAGCCGCACCGCCCGCUGCUGAGGCCGUCCCGCCACCACAGCCCGCUGCUGCUACGGCCGAUUCGUCGCCGCCGUCGCCGGCCCCGCCCGUGGUAGCCUUCGAGCCGGUGCCCACUCUCAUCAGCGACAGCCCGGUGUACAAGGACGUCGCCAUGACCAUCGAGCGCGCCAAGAAGUCGCUGGCGCCGUUCCGGAAGAAGGUUCAGGACAACGUCGCCGAGGGUACCGUGGGCGAGCGGGGAGAGGAGUGGGCGAUCGCCCAGGGCGCGAUCCUCAUCUUCGUGGCGAUGGGGAGCAUCCCCGUCGUCGGGGGCCUCGUGAUGGCGCUCGCCGGGCCCGGGCUGUUGGCGGGGGGGUUGGGGGUCAUAGCCGCCGGCGUCAACGGACUCGGGAAGAGCCUGUCGCCGUGGCCCGCCCCGGUUAAGGACAACGAGCUCAACACCGACGGGAUUUACGGGGUCAUGAGGCACCCCAUGUACACUGGUGAGAUUGGGCGGGGCCGCGGGGGGGAUGGGGGGGGGCGUGCUCUUCUUGUUGAGUGCUCUACCACCUCCAUCU